AUGCCGGCCGAGCAGGAAGCCGCCCCGGGCGCGAGCGGCCCGCCCGAAGCCGCAGCCGCUGCCGACCCCGCGCUGUGCUGCAGGGGCUGCGGCCGCCCGCCCUGCGAUGGACUGGACAGGAAGGGCCGGCCCUUCAAGACGUGCUGCGCCGGCUGCGCCAAGGGGACGGGCCACGACAGCGCGUGCGACGGCCGCGCCGCGGAGGCCGCGGCGCGCAUCACAGAGCCCCCGCAGCCCCCUGGCGCUGGCACCGUCUGCCAGCCAUGUCUUCCGAAGGAGCAGGAGGUGGAGGCCCGCGCGGAGGGCGGCGACGAUCCGCCGCAGCGCCAGGCCAGCCAGGCCACGCCCGAGGAGGGCAAGGCCGAGCUGGAGAAGAGGGCGUUCCGCGCCGCCGCGGAGGACGAUACGGGCUGCCUCGCCGAGCUCCUGCGAGGGGUCCCGCCAGGCGUGUGGUCGCGGUGGAAGAACGGCGCGGGCAUGUCUCUGUUCGAGGUGGCGAUAGAGCGCGGCUCCCAGGGCGCGCGGGACCUGAUCCAGACGAAGGGUAUCAUUGCCGACCAGAGCUUGGCCGAUGCCGAGGCAGCGGCGGCGGGGUGGCAUCGCCCGCUCUGCGGCGAGGGCUGCGGUCGCCUCGUGGCGCCCGGGCUGCGCCACGGGCGGCCGUGGAAGACCUGCUGCCGCGGCUGCGCGCAGGGGCGCGACCACGACCCCGCCUGCGCCGCGCUCUGCGCCAAAGUGGUGCUCUGCUCGCGGGGCUGCGGGCUGCCGGUGGCCCCCAGGCAGGACCCGAGGGGACGGCCCUUCCAGACGUGCUGCAGGGGCUGCGCCGUGGGCGAGGCGCACGACGAGUGGUGCCAGGCGGCGCCGCAGACCGACGAGGACAUUGCGCGGCAGCUGCGGGCCUUCGACGAGGCGCGCCUGCGGUCGCUGCGGGCGCGCCGGCGCAGGAUCUUCGUGCGCUUCCGGGACGCAGCGACGUGCCUGUGGGAUCCGGUGUGGGGCCAGCUCGAGCUGCACGAGAUCGACGAGGGCACGCCGGAGGACUACAUCCGGCGGAAGAAGAGGCAAAACAUGAUCGCGUUCUGCUACGUGGUCUGCCCCAGCCUCGUGGUGGGCUUCUCCUGCUGCCUGCGCCGGUGCCUGACUGAGGUGAAGUCGGGGGUCUCCCCCGCAGACGCCAGGCGGGGAUGGACCCGCUACUUCUGCUCCAUCUCCUUUUUGCUCGCGCUUCCCAUGAUCGCGUACGUGCUGCUCCCCUUCUUCGUCGUGGACGAUUACACCAACUACAAGCGGCACGACGUGUAUGGGGCCAAGAACGCCGCCAAGAUCGUCUACGAGGGCGAGUGGUGGCGGCUCCUGACGCCCAUCAUGCUGCACACAGGGUGGUUUCACCUCGUGACCAACCUCGGCGUUCAGCUUCGAGCUGCCAUAACGCUGGAGUAUCUCUGGGGCCACCACAUCUGGCUGGUGAUAUACGCUGGGUCUGGUGCCUACGGUAACCUGGUCAGCUGCGCGUAUUUCCCCCACUACAUCAGCGUGGGGGCAUCGGGGGCGCUGUGCGGGCUCAUUGGGGCCUGGCCCGUCUAUCUGCUGAUGACCUGGGACCAGGUCUUGCUCCUGAGGUUCUAA